AUCACUUACCAUCCGCACCUCCGGAGGCGAAGUGGUGUGCAUCGUCUCCCGUCACAUCCGCGACGCAGAGCGAAAGUCGGAUACCCUUCUCUCCCUACCAACUCCCACCUUCUGGCCUGGAUGCACAAUGUCGCCCAUCAUCAGCAGCAUGGAGCACGACCAGACGGCGACGAUCGUCGAACACCUCGACGUGUCCUACGGACCGGAUGAGGCGCACCGAAUUGAUUUCUACCAGAGCAGCACACUCAUCACCAGCGAGCCUGCCCCUCCUCUCCUGCUUUUCGUUCACGGCGGUGAAUGGCACUCCGGCUCGCGCAAGGAUCACAACAAGAUGGCUCGCGAGCUCAUCAACAAGAGCGACGGCGAUCUCACUGUCGGCGUUUUGGGCUACCGUCUCGUUGAGCCCACGGGCAACAAUCAACACCCCACGGCUCUGUCUGAUCUCUUCCUUGCGCUGCGCUUCCUUCUGCUCCACUCCUCCGUCGAGACCAUCCCUGGACACGCAAGGGACGGCUACAUCACCUGGACAAAACAUGUGGAGAAGUUCGCCAUCGCAGAAAAGUACGGCUUUGACCCCCAUCGCGUGGUCCUGAUGGGGCACGAGGUUGGCGCUUGGAUGGCUGCUGCCGUUCUGCUCGACGCAAGGGUGGAGCAGUGGGGCAAGGAGAGCGUGGUCCCCGCCAUUGGAACAACGUAUAAGGAAGGCAAAAAGAUCGUAGAGAAGGUAAUGGCGUGGAUCCUUGUAGACGGGAUCUACGACCUGCAGUCUUUGCUUGAGGAGUCUGUGGUUCAUCGCACCUACCUUUCUCAAGCCUUUUCCCUCUCCUCCUCCGAGCACGGCACUGACUUCGGCCAAUUGAAGCGUGCCUCCGCCACCUCAUGGCACGCCCGAUCUGCGACGUUCUACUACAAUGGGGAAGGCCCUCGUGUUCACGUCUGUCAUUCGACAGACAACGAGAAACUUUCGCAGCGUCAAAGCGACGAGAUGGUGCAGUACCUAGACCACGAACUUUUCCAUGUUUCGGGCGAGAAUAAUGUCAGCGACGUGCACUUCUCACCUGCUGAGGUGAAUCUCAAGACCGGGUCAUGGGGGAGCCAUGCUGCCAUGCUCACGAACGAAGGCUUUCUUUCUGACGUCGCCGAAGUCGUCAGCGAUGCCACUGGGCCAAAGCGCAAGAAGGAAUACGAGAAGAAGGUCAAAAAGAGGCGCGCUAUGAGGCGUGAGGCGGCUUAUGAGUUCGACUGAGGUCGCUUGGAGCGGCAAAGAGAUUUGACGCUUCUGCGUCGAGCGGUGAGGCCUCGCAGGGGGCUGUGAGCAAGCAGGUCGCUUCCACGUAUUCUCCCUUUGUCUUGAUGUGGUUCUUCUUCAUCUUGUUUCGCCACUUUCUCUUCACUUCUCAUAGUCGUCGACUCAACAUUGUUCCCGCCCUCAUCUCG